CGCUAUUCAACCAGUCUUAUUCGCACCGCCGCCGCCUCUCCCUACACUCACCGGAGAAUGAGUUCCCCCGCUCCCCCUCCACCGUUAUACCACUCGAAAAUCGACGCAAAGAACGUCAACAGAGCCCUAAAGUCUCUACUAAAAUGGCGGGACUCCAAAUCAAACCCCCAGAACUCAUCAGAGCCCCUCGAUAACAACAACAACAACAGCGACGGCGGCUUCGUCUACCUAGUCGUAACCCUAAAGAAGCCUCCCCAGAUCGAUCGCACCAAUCCGCUAACGAUCCCUCUCCCCCACCCUCUCAUCGACUUAACCGAAUCCCCUCCGGAGCUCUGCCUAAUCAUCGACGACAAGCACAAGAACAAAAUCACAAAGGAGACGGCUCUGAAGAAGAUCGAGGCCGAUAACGUCCCGAUCACGACGGUGAUCAAGGUCUCGAAGCUGAAGGCGGAGCUAAAGAAGCUGGAGGCGGAGGAAGGGAGGCGGCACGAGCUCUUCUUCGCGGAGAGGAGGCUGAUGCCGAUUUUGCCGAAGUUGUUGGGGAAGGAGUUUGUUAAGAGGAAGAAGAGUCCGAUUGAGAUUAACUUGAGGAGCGGGAACUGGAAGGAGCAGGUUGAGAGAGUUUGUGAAUCGGCGUUGGUCUACGUGGGAACGGGGACGUGUAGCGUUGUGAAGGUGGCGAAGUUGUCUAUGGGGAGGAAGGAGAUUGCGGAGAAUGUUGUGGCGGUUAUGGAGGGGAUCGCUGGUUCGAUUCCUGGGAAGUGGAGGAAUGUUAAGUUGUUUCAUUUGAAGUUGCUUGAGAGCUUGGCUUUGCCUGUUUAUGAAUCAGUUUGAGAUGUGGAGAGUUUUGGAA